CGUGCUGGAGGGAGGCCAGGCCUUCGUCCUGGUGCCUCCUGUAGUAUUGCUGUGGUGUGGCCGCUGCUGCUCGUCCAAACCCACAAACUUUGCUUCCCUUUGCAGGGUGAGUGAUGCCUGGUUAUCCAAGCACACGGGAGCCGACAGGAAGUCCCAGACGAUGCCAGCGCUCCGCAGCAGAGCUGGGGGAAUGCAGGUGCGGCUCCAGCAUCUGGGCAGCCUGGAGACCUCCUUCACGCUCAACCACAAUGCAGGCACCUCAGAAGCAGAUAUUGUGCACCAGGCAUUACUGGAGGGCAAUAUUGCCACUGAAGUGUGCCUCACAGUCCUGGACACCAUCUCUUUUUUCACUCAGAGUUUCAAGAACCAGCUUUUAAGCAAUGAUGGCCACAAUCCACUUAUGAAGAAGGUUUUUGAUAUUCAUCUGGCUUUUCUCAAAAAUGGGCAGUCAGAAGCAGCUCUUAAGCACGUGUUUGCCUCUCUGAGAGCUUUCAUUAGCAAGUUUCCCUCAGCAUUUUUCAAGGGAAGAGUGAACAUGUGUGCUGCCCUCUGCUACGAGAUCCUGAAGUGUUGCACUUCCAAGGUGUCCUCCACGAGGAACGAAGCCUCAGCUCUUCUGUAUCUCCUGAUGAGAAACAACUUUGAGUUCACCAAAAGGAGAACAUUUCUGAGAACACAUCUUCAGAUAAUAAUCGCAGUGAGCCAAUUAAUAGCAGAUGUGGCACUCAGCGGUGGGACAAGAUUUCAGGACUCCUUGCUGAUCAUUAACAAUUUUGCAAACAGUGACAGGCCUAUGAAGGCAACUGCUUUUCCUUCCGAAGUGAAAGAUUUGACAAAGAGAAUCCGUACAGUGCUUAUGGCUACAGCUCAAAUGAAAGAACAUGAAAAAGAUCCAGAAAUGUUGGUAGAUCUACAGUACAGUUUAGCCAAAUCUUAUGCAAGUACGCCAGAGCUCCGGAAGACGUGGCUAGACAGCAUGGCAAAGAUACAUGUGAAAAACGGAGACUUUUCAGAGGCAGCCAUGUGUUAUGUUCAUGUGGCAGCCCUCGUUGCAGAGUUCCUGCACAGGAAAAAACUCUUCCCCAGUGGAUGCACUGCCUUCAGGAAAAUCACUCCCAACAUUGAUGAAGAAGGUGCAAUGAAAGAAGAUGGUGGGAUGAUGGAUGUACAUUACAGUGAGGAAGUCCUGGUGGAGCUGCUGGAGCAAUGUGUAGAUGGCCUGUGGAAGGCAGAGCGUUAUGAAACAAUUUCUGAAGUUUCCAAACUGAUCAUUCCUAUUUAUGAAAAGCGGCGUGAAUUUGAAAAACUUACUCAGCUGUACAGAACACUUCAUGGAGCAUAUGCUAAGAUAUUGGAAGUAAUGCACACAAGGAAGAGGCUUCUUGGAACCUUUUUCAGAGUGGCCUUUUAUGGACAAACAUUCUUUGAAGAAGAAGAUGGGAAGGAAUACAUCUAUAAGGAACCCAAGCUGACAGGCCUCUCGGAGAUCUCCUUCAGACUUCUUAAACUUUAUGGAGAAAAAUUUGGAUCAGAGACUGUAAAGAUUAUCCAGGAUUCUAACAAGGUCAAUGUUAAAGACCUUGAUCCUAAGUAUGCCCAUAUUCAAGUCACCUAUGUGAAGCCCUAUUUUGAAGACAAAGAAAUCUCUGAAAGAAAGACUGAAUUUGAAAGAAAUCAUAACAUCAAUAGAUUUGUAUUUGAAACUCCUUACACUUUAUCUGGAAAAAAGCAUGGCAGUGUGGAAGAACAGUGUAAAAAAAGGACUAUUCUAACUACUUUGAACUCCUUUCCAUAUGUAAAGAAGAGAAUACCAGUCAAUUAUGAACAUCAGGUUAAUCUAAAACCAAUUGAUGUCGCUACUGAUGAAAUAAAAGACAAGACAGCAGAGCUGCAGAAACUCUGCUCUGCUGGUGAUGUUGACAUGAUCCAGCUGCAACUCAAAUUGCAAGGCUGUGUUUCUGUGCAGGUUAAUGCUGGUCCUUUGGCCUACGCCAGAGCUUUCCUAAGUGACAGCCAGUCCAGCAAAUAUCCUACUAAGAAGGUGAAUGAAUUAAAAGAAAUGUUCAGGAAGUUCAUACAAGCCUGUGGAAUUGCUUUGGAGCUCAAUGAGCGACUCAUUAAAGAGGAUCAAGUGGAGUACCAUGAGGGGCUAAAAUCAAACUUUCGGGAUAUGGUGAAAGAGCUUUCUGACAUCAUCCAUGAACAGAUCUACCAUGAAGAUACAAUGUAUUCGCCAUGGAUGCAUGAUUCCCUACAUGUUUUCUGUGCGAUCAGCGGAACUUCUAGUGAUGGAAGUUACUGUUCACUCAGACCUACUGCUGAAAUAUAAACAUAUCAGUCAUAUUUUACAGAGCUUUCUCAGGAAUACUUGGAACUGUACAAAGGAUGCUUAAAAAAUAAUCCUUGAUAAGCAAAGGUU